UUUAUUAUAAUUAUAUACCUGAUUCCUGAACCUCAGAACCUGAUACGGUGAGGUGAGCAGUUGAGACUUGAGAGAGGCGGAGAGCAGAGAAUCAGAGAGAGAACAGACUGAACAGUGGAGACUGGAGACUAGAGAGAGGCGGAGAGCAGAGACUAGAGAGAAAGGUAAAAUUUUUAGGGUUUUGAGUGCAAUUGCCUAACUCGCCUAAGGGAAGGGCCGGCCCUGAUAAAUAAGCAUGAGGAAGCUAAAGUAUCAUGAGAAGAAGCUGCUGAAGAAGGUGAAUUUUUUGGAGUGGAAGAAAGAAGAUGGGCACAGAGAAGCCUCUGUUAUGCAACGCUACCAUGCCACUCACCGUGAUGAUUAUAAGAAGUAUUCAGGGUUGUGCCGGAUGGUGCAGAAGUUAGUGAAUAUUUUGAUGAAGAUGGACCACAAAGACCCUUUUCGGAUUGAAAUGACUGAUAUGCUACUCGAAAAGCUGUACAACAUUGGUGUACUACCAUCCAAGCACAACGCUGAUGCUCUAAAAGUGUGUGAACGUAUAACAGUGUCAUCCUUCUUUAGGCGUAGGCUCUCAACUGUUUUGGUGCGCCUGAAGUUUUGUGAGCACUUAAAAGAAGCUAUCACAUACAUUCAGCAAGGGCAUGUGCGAGUGGGUCCAGAGACGGUUACUGACCCAGCAUUCCUUGUAACAAGGAAUAUGGAAGACUUCGUUACUUGGGUAGAUUCAUCCAAGAUAAAGAGAAAGGUGCUGCAGUAUAAUGAUCAGUUGGACGACUAUGAUGCAAUGACCUGAGAGCAUAACACUGGAUAUUGCUAUUAUUUUCUCACAUCUCCCUAAUGAGGCAAGUUGGUUGCGAUCUUUGAACUUGUGAUUUUUUCAUAAGAAAAUUUUCCCGUCUUUUAUGACUUUUGAUUAUAAUUUAAUAGAAUUUGGUAACUGGAGAUACCGAUCACAGAUCAGAUUUAGCAAAGAUAUUAAUUAAUGCAUACAGCAGUGAUUAUUUAAAUGUAAAUUGAAAUUAGCAUCA